UGUGUGUGUGUGUGUGUGUGUGUGUGUGUGUGUGUGUGCCAUUUAUAGGGUCCAGACUGUGGGAGGGGGUGCAGGUUGUGUGGGGAGGGGGAGUCCUACUCCCGGGACAGGGAGAGGGUCCCGGAGGAGAAGGGCCUUUUGGCUCUAUUGCGGGGAAGCAAGGAAGGACGGACAGGCUCCCUCAGUUGAGGCUGUGUGUGUGUGUGUGUUGUGUGUGUGUGUGUGUCUGUGAAUGAGCAGGCGCCCCCUCCCCAAUUUCCCUGCCUCAGGUUUUGUGAGGGCAGUCGGGCCGAGGUGACGCCAGGCGGUCCAGCUAGGCCAAGCCAGAGUCCGGCGGAGUCCGGCCUAGGUCAGGCCCCGGCUGGUCCACCCAGGCCGGAGUGAGGCCAGAGGCCACGGGGCCAAGGAGAGGCCACGGCCAAGGCCAAGCCCAAAGCCCCCCGUCGAGAGAAGGAGACAGAGGCCCCGAGGCGGCCGAAGGGGGCCCCGCCAAGCCAGUCGGGCCCAGGCCGGAGGGCGCGAGGAGAGUCCGGCCAAGCGGGGGAGAGCCGCGGCCUGGAGGAGGGGGCCAAGAUGGCGGACCUGGAGGCGGUGCUGGCCGACGUGAGCUACCUCAUGGCCAUGGAGAAGAGCAAGAGUUCCCCGGCGGCCCGGGCCAGCAAGAAGAUCGCCCUCCCCGAGCCCAGUAUCCGCAGCGUGAUGCAGAAGUACUUGGAGGAAAGAGGGGAAUUAACCUUUGACAAGAUUUUCAGUCAGAAGAUUGAGAGUCAGAAUGACCAGCCUCUUGGUUCCUGGAUGGCCAUGUGUCGUUUCCGAACAGAAAAGCAAGGGUUUUUGCUGUUCAAAGACUUUUGUCUGUGUGAUGUUGACGAAGGGAUUCCACAACUGAAGUUUUAUGAAGAGAUCAAAGAAUACGAAAAGCUGGACUCGGAGGAAGACCGCCUGGGCAGGAGCCGGCAGAUCUACGACACCUACGUCAUGAGGGAGCUGCUCUCCUGCUCGCAUCCUUUCUCGAAGCCAACGGUCGAUCACGUGCAGACCCGCCUCUCCAAGAAGCAAGUCCCCCCAAACCUUUUCCAGCCCUACAUAGAAGAAAUUUGUGACAGUCUCCGGGGAAAGACUUUCCAAGCAUUUCUAGAAAGCGAUAGGUUUACUAGAUUUUGUCAGUGGAAAAAUGUAGAGCUAAACAUCCACCUGACCAUGAAUGAUUUCAGCGUGCACCGGAUCAUCGGACGGGGAGGCUUUGGAGAAGUUUACGGCUGCCGGAAAGCAGACACAGGGAAAAUGUAUGCAAUGAAAUGUUUGGAUAAGAAGCGGAUCAAGAUGAAGCAAGGGGAGACGCUGGCCUUAAACGAAAGGAUCAUGCUGUCCCUCGUCAGCACUGGCGACUGCCCUUUUAUCGUGUGCAUGACAUAUGCCUUCCACACCCCUGACAAGUUGUGCUUCAUUCUGGACUUGAUGAAUGGCGGAGAUCUGCACUACCACCUCUCACAGCACGGGGUGUUUUCGGAGAAGGAGAUGCGCUUCUACGCCACGGAGAUCAUCCUGGGCCUCGAGCACAUGCACAACCGCUUCGUCGUCUACAGAGACUUGAAGCCAGCCAACAUCCUGCUGGACGAACAUGGCCACGUGAGGAUUUCCGACCUCGGGCUAGCUUGCGAUUUCUCCAAGAAGAAGCCCCAUGCCAGCGUUGGAACUCACGGCUACAUGGCCCCCGAGGUGCUCCAGAAGGGGACCGCCUACGACAGCAGCGCUGACUGGUUCUCCUUGGGCUGCAUGCUCUUCAAACUCCUCCGGGGGCACAGCCCUUUCAGACAGCACAAAACCAAAGACAAGCACGAAAUUGACCGCAUGACGCUCACCGUGAAUGUGGAAUUGCCAGAUGCAUUUUCUCCGGAGCUGAAGUCCCUCUUGGAAGGUCUUCUCCAGCGAGAUGUUGGCAAGAGGCUGGGCUGCCAGGGCAGCGGGGCACAAGAGGUGAAGGAGCAUCCUUUCUUCAAGGGCAUCCACUGGCAGCACGUCUAUCUGCAAAAGUACACCCCGCCCUUGAUUCCUCCCCGGGGAGAAGUGAACGCCGCGGACGCCUUCGACAUCGGCUCCUUUGACGAAGAAGACACCAAAGGCAUCAAGUUGCUGGAUAGUGACCAAGAACUGUAUAAGAACUUCCCCCUGGUCAUCUCCGAGCGCUGGCAGCAGGAAGUUGCCGAAACGGUUUACGACACGGUGAACGCCGACACGGACAAGGUCGAAGCCAGGAAGCGAGCCAAGAACAAGCAGCUGGGCCACGAGGAAGAUUACGCUCUUGGGAAGGACUGCAUUAUGCACGGCUACAUGCUGAAGCUGGGCAACCCCUUCCUGACGCAGUGGCAGCGGCGCUAUUUUUACCUCUUCCCAAACCGGCUCGAAUGGCGAGGAGAAGGGGAGUCACGGCAAAAUCUGCUGACGAUGGAACAGAUCGUCUCGGUGGAGGAAACUCAGAUCAAGGACAAGAAAUGCAUCUUGCUGAGAAUUAAAGGAGGGAAGCAGUUUGUCCUGCAGUGCGAGAGCGAUCCAGAAUUUGUGCAGUGGAAGAAGGAGCUGACUGAAACUUUCACGGAAGCACAGAGGCUGUUACGGCGAGCGCCCAAAUUCCUGAAUAAAUCUCGGUCCGCGGUGGUGGAGCUCUCCAAGCCGCCCCUGAGCCACAGGAACAGCAACGGCCUUUAGGACCAAGGCAGAGCGGAGGACGUCCGUCUACAUGUCAUGGCAUUGCUCUGAGUUCCUUCUCCAGUCCCCGAAGCAGGGUGCCCUGUGGGGGACAGAAGCCGGGGGGCUUAGCAUGUAGGCGUGGGCCAGGACCCUGCUGCAGGAGUGGGAGAAGGCUGGUGCGGUGCCCGGGGAGGGCCCCCCGCUGCCAACGAGGGACAGGCGAGGGGGACUUUCUCACACGCCUUGGCCGUGCUGCCGAAUGGGUGGUCUCCCGAAAAUGGCAGAAGGGAAGCGUUGGCUUCUUCGCAGUAAGCCUGUCCAAGCAGACUCUGCGGAUCUGCAAGUGAAACGGAUAUUUGCCUGUUCUCAGAUUUCAUUCUUGCUUGCAUCAAGGGGAUGAAACUACCCCUGCGUUGCCCCCUUUCUGGGUGGGAGGAUGCUUCCCCUUCAGUUUCCACCCGUGGCUGUUGGCGUGCGGCUUCCUUGUUCCAUCCUGCUGGUCAUCAAGCGCAUGUCUCUCUCCAGGCCCUCUGACUGCACUGAGCUCUCCCUCUCCUGGGCUCCUCUGUGUUUUGCUGCUGCUUCAUGAGAGAAAUGUUGGGCUCUGAUCUACUCUGUCGGUCUGUUGCACUUGCUCCUAGUAUCUGCCUCGUUUCCUGCUCCUUCGAUACACCGUAUCGCCAGACCGUAUUGGAGGCCGUAGAUUAAUGACUGACGCGAAUAAAUCGGUGGUAGCUCUGUUCCCUCUUAGGUUGUACAUUUGUGUGCAGGUUUUAACAUUUCUUUCCCUUUUUUUAGACAGCUGGUACCGUUGGAUGGGUUUAUGCUGAAUGCCAAGUCAACUUUUCUCCAUUUCAGGACAACAGCACUUAAAACGAGCCAGCAUUUCAAAACAAAUGCAACAUUCUAAGUUGGUGCACAUUGGCACUGUUAGGGUUACGAGAGACGAGGGGAGGGUUCAGUUUAGCUGGUUGGCAUUUGUGAAAUGGGCUUCUUAACGUCACUGCUCCCCUGAUAUUUCCGUCUGGCAAGCAUGAGCAUCUCCGUUGAAGAUGGUGACGGAGGAGUGGACAUUGACCAUUUGUAGGGGUCAAGCCGAGAUCGCUGCAAAACACGGCCUUCCCAGGGCCCCCGCCUCCAUUGCUGAAUAAUGUCUCCCUUUUGCACAGCGACCUUGGAGUCCCUUUUCCCAGGUGUGGGUUUUGAAGGACAAGAUUCAGCAUGGACGCUGCCCAUUUUGUGGUCUGUCGUUAGCUGUUGCAUGCCUCUGCCGCUCUCCUAGAAAGACUUCUGAAGUCAGAACGUGGCAAAUCGGGUUUGGUUGUUGGUCUCCAGCUUCUCUGGGCCAGAGCUUUUGAGAGUGGGGUCCUUCCAAGAUGAGCAAGGAAAGAUCCGGUUCCAGGAUUUGUCGUAGGGUGUCCAUCUCUGCCCCUAUGUGUGCUCUUGUGGGGUUUGUGUGUGUUCAGCGGUUGGGAUUGCAGCAGCUUUGGGUGGGUCCCUGCAGGCACGGUGACAGUCAUCCAGACCUCCCUCCCUGAUAUGACGGCAUUUUAAAAUACGGCAGGUUAAUUGGUUUCCAGAUUCCCAUCGUGAAGGCUCUUGUUUUAUUUUUUUUAAAUGUGUCCCAGGUUCUGCUUUUGGUUUCAGUUCUGGGGAUGUGCCCAGUCCAUGACCCUGAACUUUGCAGGUGCUCCCUGGCCCCCAAGAGCUAUCCCAGUGGCCAGGAUGCCCCGGAGCUUUGUGGAAGCAUCCUGCAAACUGCAUGCAGUGAGCAUGAUCAGAGGGCACGCCUGCUGGCUUUCUUGGUUUUUCUGCCAACAGCCUCGUCUGGUCUCUUCUGAGUUGGGGAAUUUGGGAUCCCAGCUGCCACCAAUGAAUGGACGUGGAGGAAAGUUGGUGGACCAACUUUCAGGGGUUGCUGCUCCAAAGUCUGUAAUUUGGGUCAGUAAUUUGGUUAACAAUAAGACGGUUAUGGUCAGAGACACACCCCCCCCAUCUCUGAGAAUGCUUCUCGGAAGCUUUUGUUCAUAGUCUGUGUCCACACAGCAUCCCCUUUGUAUCCUGCACAUGAACACACGGUCUUUUAGUGCCUCUCUGCCGGGCCUCCUGUCUGACCAAAAGAGUUAGGUGACCAUCUUGGCCUACCUAGACUGGCUGGCUUCCCAGUUUCUGCGCAGGAGUUUCCGAAGGCAGAACGUGGCUACUCUGGUCAGGGAAGCUUCCCGUGCUGCCCUGGGUUACUUCUUGGCCCGAGGGAGAUGUCCCUUCCCUGCGCCUGAGAGCUGUUGCUGUGUGUGGUCUUUGCGUCACGUUUUUGAGUUUGCUUUUGAUCAUUUUCAGCACAGCAUCCUCUUCCAAGCGCCUUUAUGGCCACGGUUUUGAAUUUCUGAGGGGGGAAACUCCAUGAAGUUCCUGGCUCCUGGAGUUUUUUGUUAGGAGGGAGAUGCAGUUGGAAGAAAUGGAACAUGACUUUCUUUCUGGGAUCUGCUUCUUCAGAUAUGUUAAUUUGAAACUGUCCCUGGGCUGGCAUUUGAUCGGACUGAACUGCUGGAUGCAGUGAUGAGCUCAUUUCUGUAAACCUUUGAGUAAGCUAUUAGUUAGAGUAGCCUGGACUUAAGUUCUUGUUUUUCUUUUCCAAGAGGCAGCUAAAGUGCACUGUCGUGUAAUAAUAAAUUCCUGUUUCUACUUUUAGCGAAUUGUCAAUAGGAGUAAAACACGGAUAUGAAAUUUAUGUAUUUAACUUCAGAUCUGCUAUUCUCUAGAGCACUGUCAGCAUUUGCUGAAGGCUUGUGUUUUAAUCUCAGAUCAGUGUCUUAGUUCAACGGCUGCUGUGUAGUUAUAGAAAAAGAAGAAUGAAUCCUUCCCCCAAUCCAAAGAAGGUUUCUUGCAUUUAAAUCCCUUUGAAAUCAGCAAGAGAGUUAGUUGUGCAUUAGGUUUCAUCCAUUUAAAAGGGACUUAAUUGCCAUCAGCAACUGAAUGGUGGGGAGAGAAAUGAGUAAUUCUUAAAAAUAUAUCAUCGCUAGUAAGCAAAAACCUAUUUUGAAAACCGUAGUGAAGGAUGUAUUGACUUCUGCAAACAGAGGCUUACAAAGAAUCAAUUGUUGCUCUGUAGAUUCCAAACGAUUUAAUAUCUCCUGAGGUGCAAUAAAAUUGUCCCCUGAGGUGAAAUAAAAAUUUUCCUCUCUCUCCUGGAAGGGAAUAAAACAUAUUGCUGGAAAGGACAUAGGCCAGUGUGAGAGAUCGUGACGGUUGUUUUGUCCACACUGUGGCCCCUUUUGAACCUGAGUUUAUUCUUAAAUUGUAUUUUACUGAAUUGUUCAGCACAGGUUGAGAAAGAGAGAAUCCAGAAAGGCACCCAAUAAAACUAAAUAGUGUUUAAGAAGAUGAUUAACCUGCAAUACCUUUAAGUCAGGGAUCUGAGGCUGGUUCCCCCCUCCCACCCAUGAGGGAGACAGUUCCUUCCUAAAGCACAAAAAUGCAUUCUAGAGAUGGCAAGUGCCUCAGAUGUCAUUGGGGGUUGGUUGCAAUAAUUAUAACAGCACCUGACUGCUUUUCUCUGGUGUGUGAGUGACAGACAUGAGGAGGGGGCCUUGAUGCUUUCACUGCCCACCAAGGCUUUGGCACUGGAAGAGCGGGCACUCGUGGCGGUGGUGGUCGCUGUUGUGGUGUGAUGGUCCCAUUCUUUGUCCAACUCCUGCCCUCAUUGGGUGGACUGAAGUGGGUCACCACCAGAAGAUUAAUCCUGGGGUUUAAGAGGCUAGGUCUGUAUGACACCUUAGAGCAGGAGCUAUCAAACUUGAGUCCCUGGAUGUCCUUGGACUGAUGGAUUGAUUAAGUGCUGUCAAGUCAGUGUUGACUCUUAGUGACCAUAUAGAGAGAUUCUCUCCAGGCUGGGAGCUGAAGUCCAGCAACAUCCGGGGACGCAAGUUUGAGAGACCCUUCCGUAGAGGGUGGAUGGUUCUGUCUGGGACCCCGGAGGGUGCCCUGUGCAGUUUGUAUGUGUGGAAUCCCCUCUGCCAAUCGCUCUCUGCAUGCACUGAGCUGAAACCUCUAAUUCCACACACACACCCCCGCCAAUAUGUACCUUUCUCAUGCUUUAUAGAGGGAAGAAUCUGAAAAAAAUGGCUACUUUAAAAGCAAGCCAGGUGCCCUUUCCAGGGUGGUUGUGGACAAUGUCCCUGAUAUGUGGGACUUACAACCCCAUCCUCUCGCCCGCCCACUGCGCCAGGCACAAUCUCCCUCUAUUUUUAUUUUAAAAAUCCCCUUGUGCUUGUGCAGAGCUUCUUGGAUUUAAGCUGGCUUAUAAAAGCACCACACUGUGCAUGUGCAAAGUUGUUUUAGAAACUCUAAUUCUGCGUCUGUCCUGUUUUUGCCAGUGCAGCCAGCUGGGUCUAGCUAGGUGUGCCUCACGCCUCGUGCGGGUUUGCCUUGAAGGGGGAUGUUAUAAUGUCAGCAAAGCUGCUCCAUUCGCGUCGUCUGUCCUAUCUCGUAUCUAGUCUGCAGCUGGUGCUAGCAACAGGGAAAUUGGCCAUGCAGGUCACACCCUGCAAAGACUCCGAGAUUCAAAUUAGGAGCUGGGCCCAAAAGAAAUCGGUUCAGAGAGGCAAAAUGACAGGAGCAUGGCCCAUUCUGCUCUCCUCAUCCGUCCUGGUGAUGUGUUGGUGAUCCGUAGAUGUGCAUUUGCGGUCUAUAAUUUAUUCCCUUGUGCGGACCCACUGGGGAAACUUUCUGGGUGCUGCAGCUUGUUCUGAAACAUUUGGAAGGAAAUUAUUUUGAAUGUGCUGUAGUCAAGAAGGACUUGAAGUUACUAAUAACGGAGGAACAAGUUGACAGUAAUUUACGUUUUUUUUAAAAAAAAUCCUGAGGUAUAUGAAUGACUUAGUUUUUAGCAUUGUACAAAACUAGGGGGAAAUAUAUCUGAGUAUAUAUUGAGAAUAUAUGUAUAUCCAAAAUGUCUGCUGCAAUUCACAAGGAUUUUAUUUUUAUUUUUGUGUUGCCUGCUGAGAAUAUAUUCCAUGAUGUAAAUAUUUAUGUGGUUUGGCACUACUGAAUAUUGGAAUGUGUUAAUAUAUUUGUUCAUCUGAUAUUUUUAAAAGGAGUUUUGUGUUAAACAAAUAAUCACAGCUUUAUUUUGUUAUUGUACCAGGUUACUUUUAACUACAGAGGAAUAAAAAACACACACCCAAGAAUUGUAUUUUAACAGAGAGGCAUUUUUAUGUUAUUUAUUUUAAGUCUGUACAUUUCUUCAAAUUUAUUUAAUGUCUUCUGUACAACUUCUUCUCCUUUGUGUAUUAUUUAACUGACGCCGGUCCCUUUCCAAUCGGACUCAACAUUAUGGUUUUCCUAAAUUAACUCCAGUAAUAAUACGCAUUUUGAUUUUGUCUCUAAUAAAAGAAACGGAGAGAGCGAAA